GCGAUCGAAUGAACGCACCAGUAAUUAAUUAGCCUUCGAUAGAUUAACUCGAUACGUUAAGUCAACAUGAAGGUUCAGAUUGUUUGUUUCGUUGUCGCGUUAUUAGCCGGUGCUAGCAUCUCCGAUCCGAUCGGCCCGGAGGCUAUCGAUGUUGCUGAUGCUGGUGUGAGUGAUGUGGAAGAUAAAGUAGUUGCUAAAAGAGCAACAGAGGAAGUUGCAUCCGGUUAUCCAAGCGGUGGCUAUUCUGCACCAAGUUAUUCAGCACCAUCCUAUCCGGCUCCAGCAAUUCAAAGUUAUAGUGCCCCAACACAUAGUUACUCAGCACCAGCUUCACAUGCAUACUCAGGUCCAAGCGGCGGAUACUCUUCAAUAAGCUACUCAGGUCCAGCUUCACAUGCAUAUUCAGCUUCUAGCGGUGGAUACUCGGCACCAAGUUAUUCAGCCCCUGCUUCUCAUGGAUAUUCAGCAUCAAGCGGUGGCUAUUCAGCAUCAAGCGGUGGCUAUUCAGCUCCAAGCAGUUAUUCUGCUCCUGCUUCGUAUUCAUAUUCAGCUCCAAGCGGGGGAUACUCAGCUUCGAAGGGAGGCUACUCCAGUAGUUAUUCAGCACCAUCCUAUUCGGCUCCAGCAAUUCAAAGCUAUAGCGCCCCAGCACAUAGUUAUUCAGCACCAGCUUCACAUGCAUACGCAGCUCCAAGCGGUGGAUACUCUUCAAUAAGCUACUCAGCUCCAGCUUCACAUGCAUACUCAGCUUCAAGCGGUGGAUACUCUGCACCGAGCAGCUAUUCAGCACCAUCGUACUCAGCGCCAUCUCCUGGCUACAGUGCACCCAGUUACUCAGCACCAAAACCAUAUUCCGCACCAUCAUACUCUGCUCCAUCUCCUAGCUACAGCGCACCCAGUUACUCAGCACCAAAACCAUAUUCCGCACCAUCAUACUCUGCUCCAUCUCAUAGCUACAGCGCACCAAGUUACUCAGCACCAAAACCAUAUUCAGCACCAUCAUACUCUGCUCCAUCUCCCAGCUACAGUGCACCCAGUUAUUCAGCACCAAAGCCAUAUUCCGCACCAUCAUACUCUGCUCCAUCUCCUAGCUACAGUGCACCAAGCUACUCAGCGCCAUCAUAUAGUGCUCCUGCUUCUUAUGGUGGUUAUUCAGCACCGGCUUACUCCAGCAAAAAAUACAGAGAAAACGAGAAGAAGAAGGAUUCAGAAACUCAAGUAGGAUCGGCUUAUGGAGGAUCAUAUGGUAUAUCGUACUCAGCACCAUCGUACUCAGCACCGUCGUACUCUGCACCAUCAUACUCUGCACCGUCAUACUCAGCACCAUCUUUCUCCGGAGCAUCGUACGGUGGUCCAGCCCCAGUGUAUGGUCAUCAAACAUACUCGUAUCCAAGCCCAGCUCCAGCAGUUAAAUGCGGAUCGAACAUCUUGAUCGGAUGUUCACCAAGCGUUGCUAACGUCGGCUGUUCGUCAUACAAUCCACCAGCAUACUCAGAACCAUCCUAUUCGAUUCCGUCGUAUUCAGCUCCAUCAUACCGAUCAAUGGAAGAUGAAGAUAGUAGCGAAGAAGAAUAGACAUCCGAACUGAAUUAUGAGAUUUAUUAUGUUGACGUUAUUUUUCUAAAUAAAUUCAUUAUGGAAAAGUUGAAAA